GGGGCGGUCCCAGAGCGACCGUUGAGUUUGACUGCAGCAGCAACAAAUCAGUCUGGCGGUGAUUUUUGAAACGGACGGAGGGUCGAAGCGUGUUGUGUUCACCAUGAAGCGGAGAAGCAGCACUAACGCCGCCAGGAGAAGUUCAUCCGUUAAAAGGCGCAGCGAGAAUCUGCGUUUUGAUGAAUUCGGCUUCGCUGUCACUAAAAAAAAGGACCAGAAACUUUAUCACCGGUGCCACAAUUACAGCUACCCCCAGCUGAGCGCAGUGAGGGUCAAAGAGCUGUGUGAGCUGCUCAGCUACUGGAAUGCAGCCAGCUUCAUCUGCAAGAGCCAGAUUGAGCGGUUUAUCAGGAUGAGUAUCCCUCCAAGCCUGCGAGGCAGAGUGUGGAAGUGCCUUCUCACCAUUGAUAGUUUGAGAGAAACUAGUGACUUCAACUACCAGACGUGCUUGUCUGAGGUGCGAGGACCGUUGGUGGACUUGGGAGUCAGUGAGUACGGCAUCUUGUCUGCAAUUACCACGCUGAGCGACACCCAGAACGACCUGGGUUUAAACCGCCGGGAGUCCACCAGCUCCUCGGAGCCCCGAUACUCCGCCGAUGACAUCACACUGUUCAGACAAAUCGCCCUGGACCUCCAGCGGUCCUUCCCUACUCACCGGUCCUUGAUGGGAGAGAGCCCCGAGGCCAUCGAGGGUCAGGCUAAGCUCUUCAGGGUCCUCAUCGCCUAUGCCAAAUACAACCCACAGGUUGGAUACACCCAAGGGAUGUCCUACAUAGCUGCAGUGCUGCUGAUGGAGUUGGGGGAGGAGGAGGCUUUUUGGGCUCUGGUGGCUUUGUUGGAUACACCCAAAUAUCUGGCUGAAAUGUUUGACUUCAGCCUCACCAAGGUGCAGCACCAGGUGAAGGUGUUUGACCAGUUCCUGAAGCACAGGAAGCCUCAGCUCUCCCAGCACAUGGAGUCAGUGGGGGUCUUGUCAGUGCACUUCGUGAUGCCGUGGUUCCUCACUCUUUUCACUUCCCUGCCCUGCUGGGACUCCGUUCUGGCUGUCUGGGAUCUCAUCGUUCUGCAUGGCUUGUCCGCCCUCUUCCGUACUGCUUUGACCAUUGUUGAGCUCCUGGAGCCCCGACUAAUGGACCUGAAGGAUGAAGGAGCAAUAUUAUCCUUGCUGUUAAGAGUACCUGUUGAUGUGGCUCAGUACACUGUGCUGGUUCCUGCCCUGUGGAAUACAGAGGUCCAAGACUGGGAGCUUAAAUGCAUGAACAGCCUGGUGCUGGAUGAGAGCCACAAUGGACCCAAAGCAGAACAGUGUGAAAACCAGGCCACGCUGUCCGGCUCAGUCACCGAAGGAAAAGAGGAGGAAAAUGUAUCGACAGCAUCUGUGGGAGGAAAGACCUCGGAGAAGGUCUCACUUCCAGGGGCUGUAAGCAUACUGACGCGGGUGAUGCGCCUGGCUCAGCGGCACCUUUUGGACUCAAUGGGGCGACAGCGGGUUGAAGAAAAGAGUUCACAAGCACAGGCAGGGCCCCGACAGCAGGGUGGGACCUCAGCUUCAUUAACGCAAGCACAGAUCCGAUCCAGGAGGCAGAGCAAACAGAGAGGUGGCUCCCAGCAGCCAGUGGUGCCGGAGAGCGGUGAUGAUGUCACUGUGAGAGAUACAGAAGGGUGCGAGAAAACUGAAGGGUCAGAGCAGACCUUUAAGAGGUCAGGAACAGGACCUGUUGGCAAGGUGGCUCAUGGUCGCAACCAUCACGGCAUCGUCCAUAACGUCAGAGUCAAGUCCUUCCAUCUUCUUCGAAGAGUCAAGAGCCCAGUGAAGCAGGCCCCUCCCUCCUCCUCCUCAUCCGGGCCCCCUUCAUCCAUCCGUUCUGCCACUCUUCCAUCAUCCCCGAGUCCAUCUUCUACUCCUCAGCCCUCCAGUGCUCCUCAAAGCGGGGAGCAGAACGACUCACCCAGGACAGCUCUCAUCAAGGAGCUGUCGUCCAGACAGAACAGCUUCCCGUUCAAGGUGGUCAAAGAGUCGAAGCUGAUCUAACACCGAAGGAGGAGGAAGAAUUUGAUGGAACAAGGGAAGGAUAACAUGCACUAAGUGUUUCCAUUAAAUGCCAAAACCGUACCGUGUAGUUUGGUUUGGGAUCUAGAUGAGUUAGUAACAGGAUGUGUGAUUAAAGCUGCACCAUUCAGACACAUGUCUGAUUUUAUACUUUAUGCUGAGCUGGAAAGCCACAUCAGUCAGUGUGAAACAUUGUUUUAUGUAGUGUAUUGUUUGCUAGUGUAACCUGAGUAACCAUAACCUUAUUUUAUGUUGUCAUUUUAGUUGAUUUCUUCUAGCUGACCCAUAAAUGCUUAACAAUGACUUUUUAUUGUCUUUAGCAGUUGACACUAAUAAAUUGUGACAUUGU